ACAUGGUGCAUGCUUAGCCCUCAAGAGGCUAAGUCUACAUGUGAAAAUUUCCUACAGCAUAGUCAAGGAGCUACAAAUGCUUCGACAAAAAGGUUUUCCGGGAGAAAUACUCGGUGUAGGAUAGGAGAGAGACUAGGCUUGAAGAUAGAUCAUUCUAAAACAGACUCCAAAAGUAGAGUUAAGCAAUCUCUCUCUCUCUCUCUCAAGCUGAACAACAAUGGUUUUUUACCUUAUGCUAAUCUCUGUGUUUCCCUGUUUCAUUCAAUGCUCAUAUGGGUGCAAACACAAGCAGCGGCAAAAAUAACCACAACAGGAAACCUGAAGACUAUGAUAAUAAGAAACUGGAAACUUGGGAAGAAAUGAAAGAAGCACAGCAACGGACAUUGUCAUCAAGCUUUGGUGGUUCUCGAAACCUCAUCACCUUGACAUUCUUCGUCAUCUCCAUGCUCUACAUUCUUUACUCCUCCAAUUUCCUCCUUGCAAAUGAACCUCGAGAAUGUUCCACUUCCGCCUUUGCUCUUUCCACGGAAGAACAUCUUGUAGCGGUUUCCAACUCUUCUUCCACCACGACCAGUGAACAAAAAGAAGAAGAAGAAGAAGAAGAAAAAGAACCGAUACAAGAGAAGGAGGCCCCACGAAUCGAAUUGCCUCCGAAAUCCAACUUUUUCGAUACGGAGCUGAAACACAUUGUGUUUGGCAUAGCAGCAUCUUCGAAUCUGUGGGAGAAGAGAAAGCAGUACAUAAAACAGUGGUGGAGGCCAAGGGAGACCAGAGGAGUUGUGUGGCUGGACAAGCCAGUGAGGACCAGGAAGAAUGAGGGGUUGCCGGAGAUACGAAUAUCCAGCAACACGACAAAGAUGCCAUAUACGAAUCGACAAGGUAGGCGGGAAGCGCUAAGGAUAUCGAGAGUGGUAUCAGAGACAGCGAGGCUGGGGCUCAAGGAUGUGAGGUGGUUCGUCAUGGGUGAUGACGAUACAGUGUUUGUGGUGGAUAACGUGGUGCGGGUACUCGCCAAAUAUGAUCAUCGCCAGUUUUUUUAUAUUGGGAGCUCGUCGSAGAGCCAUGUUCAGAACAUAUUCUUCUCCUAUUCAAUGGCAYAUGGGGGCGGUGGGUUUGCUAUCAGCUAUCCCUUGGCCAAGGCUUUGGAGAAGAUGCAGGAUCGGUGCCUCCAGAGGUAUCCAGGUCUGUAUGGCAGUGAUGACAGGAUACAAGCUUGCAUGGCUGAGCUGGGGGUACCCCUCACCAGAGAAGCAGGGUUCCAUCAGUAUGAUGUGUAUGGAAAYCUCUUGGGCCUCUUGGGUGCACACCCCGUCUCUCCGCUAGUGUCGUUGCAUCAUCUGGACGUGGUGGAUCCGAUAUUCCCCGGCAUGAGCAGAGAAAAGGCUCUCCAACACCUCUUUCAAUCUAUCAAAUAUGACUCGGCAAGUAUAAUGCAACAAUCUAUCAAAUAUGACUCGGCAAGUAUAAUGCAACAAUCUAUCUGCUAUGACAAGAAGCGAUAUUGGUCAAUCACUGUAUCGUGGGGCUUCGUGGUCCAAAUCCUGAGKGGCACCAUUUCACCCAGAGAGCUAGAAAUGCCAAGCAGGACAUUCCUCAACUGGUACAAAAGGGCUGAUUACACUGCCUAUGCAUUCAACACCAGGCCUGUGACCAAGCACCCUUGCCAAAAGCCCUUCGUUUUCUACAUGAGCAGUGUUCGUUAUGAUCGAGCCAAGAAGCAAACUGUGUCUACCUAUUCCCGCUGCAGAGAGAGACAACCUUAUUGCCGAUGGAAAAUGGCUUCCCCAGCUGCAAUCGAGUCCAUUGUCGUCUUCAAGAGGCCAGAUAACCUUCGCUGGCGGAAGUCACCGAGGAGGGAUUGUUGUAGGAUUCUGCCAUCGAAGAAGAGUUCCACAAUGCACAUAUCCGUGGGCAACUGCAAAGGUGGUGAAGUAACUGAAUUGUAGCACUGGAGAUUUAGUUUUUGAUUCAUUAAUCUGUAUUUUUUGGGGGGAGUGAAUUCAUGAAGGUAAGAUCAGUUUCUGUUCACAUUACUAUAACUUCUAA